GAAAUAUGGGAAGUGGGGGGGGGACGAAAACUCCAAAAACAUAGGAAAUAUGGGGCAUCCUGUUACCUGUGUCUAUCUACUUGUGUGCCCCAGGGCCCCUUCAGCUCUCCUCCCGCGCGCGCCUCUCCGCAGAAGGGCUCCGCCGCCCCUCAUCUCUUCUACAUGGCAGUCCGUGAACUGAACCGCCCGCCCCGCCUCCGCAUGGGCGGGAGCCGAUCCCGCGGCGGCGCGGCCGCGCGCGCGCUGCUCUCCGCCUGCCUGGCGUCCGCGGUGCCGGUGCUGCGCGGCAUCAAAGUCUCGGAGACACCAGCUUGUUGCAGGCCUCCGUGCGGGCCGGGGACGACCCCGCCGAGGAUCUGGUCCAGGCGCUCCACACCUACCCGGAGAGUCCGGUGGCCUACGAGACCAUCGGCGAAGCGCUCGGAGCCGCCGCGCCGGGCGGGGCGGACGCCGCCAGGGCCGAGCUGACGGGCGUCAGCCCGCAGAAGACCGACCCGCUGCACGCGUACCGCACGGUCAGCGAUGAGAUCGGGCGCGGCGCGAACUCCACCAUGGUGCACUCACACCAGAUCCUGAAGUACGUGUCCACGCUGAAGAGCGCCCCCAGGCUGCACCAGGCCGGGUGCCUGUUCCUGCCCAGCGACAAGUCCUGGCAGGCAUUCUACAGCCACCUGGAGCACCCAUACCCGCCCAUGUUCGCCGAGAUGGUGGCCAACGCGUAUUACCCCAACUGCGCCAGCAAGUCCGUCAGCGGAGUGACCAUGGAGCGGUGCGCCGACGGCAACGUCCGCAGCUCCGAUGGCUGCAUCAAGGUGCAGCUCAUCGGAAUGGGCGGUCACGUGCGUAUCUACGCGUCCGACGGGCACAUAGGUCUGCCCUACUCGUGGAGCAGCCACAUGACCCGCAAGAGCACGUCGCUGACCGCGAAGAAGGACCAGCAGGUGGUGGUGCAGAAGAUGCCCAUCGACCGCUGCAGCCCCUCGGUCACGCUCGCGCCGCUCGCAGAGGUCCCGAAGAACAAGAAGCUCCUGCUGCCAACGAGGGUGAUCAUGUGCACCAAGCCCGGCCGCGAGCUCCCGGAGGGGUUCACGGAGUUGGUCAAGGAUCAAAUCAGGUGGACGAACCAGGGCUACGCCGGCAUGAACGCUUACAACAGAAUGUACUUCGACAGCGAGAGGCCGCAGCAGACGGACAUGCAGAUCGAGUUUGACCUGAAGGCCGUGGAGGUGCAGCGCGACGAGCAGUGCGCCACGCAGACCUUCAGCGACAUCAAGAACGCGGCCAAGUUCAACGUGAACGGUAGCGCGUGGAUGACCAUUGUUCUCGUGGCGGACGACAUGACGGGCGUGCUCGGCAUGUCGACGUUCCCCACCGAGGCGGAGGAGACCGCCAACAACCUGCUCGUGGCCAUCUCCGUGCGCGGCCUGCGCCACUGGCAGAAGUUCAGCAGCGAGAGCUGGGAUCCCGCCUACGAGGAGGGGCACACGAUGACGCACGAAGUAGGCCACGCGCUCGGCGUCUUCCACACGUUCGAGGCGGGCUGCUCCAAGGAGGGGGACCAGGUCCCCGACACCGUGCCCGAGGCCUACCCGCACUACACGUGCCAGACGGGCAAGUCGUGCGGCGACGACGACGACCCCGUGCACAACUUCAUGGACUACGUGACUCGUGCAUGGCUGGCUUCACCGAGCACCAGAAGAGGAGGGCUUGGUGCAUCAUGGAGAAGUACAGGCCUACCAUCUUCGCCGCGGCGCUGAGGGAUGUCUAGUGUCUAGGGAGUGAUUUCCGCCUGCACGAUCGCUGCUAGCCCAGCCGCUCGGUAGAGACGCUUGUGCCAUUGCCGCAUUGUCGUUUGCGGAGAGUUCACACAGCUAGCCCAUGCCGAGAAUAGUAUACAGCCAGCCCGUGCCGACGUCCGUGGGGGUCAUCGGCUGGUUCCUCUCAGCCGUCCGGACGUCGUCGCCUGGAGGAGGAAAACAGCAAAAGCAACAGCAAAAGUAUCAGCAUGCUGACCCUCCCCGCGCCGUGAGAACACCGCAGCGGAUUUGGGUUUGAUAGGUUUCGGCCUCUGGUGUCCCUUAAGGGGGCCCUGGGACCGUCAACACAUAACUGAGGAUGAGCAGGC